GUGAGGGAGGUGCGCGUUUUCUUUUCAAAGCAAAACUCAAGCGGAAUCCAUCCACGGUAGCAGCGAAGCGAGUGCGAAUCGGGCCACGCGUGUUUUGCGUUCGGAAAUGACCCAGUGGGGCUCGUCGUGAGACCCAGAGACCUUCACGAACCUUUUGCAAGCAGCGGAAGUGUGAUCGGAAGCUGCAGGAUGGCCUCGUCGAGGCAUCUGAACUCGGAGGCGAUCCGGGAGGAGAUUCAGCGCUUCGAGAGUGUUCAUCCCUGCAUCUACGCCAUCUACGACUUGAUCGAGCUGAUGCAGGAAACCACCCUUGCGCAGAAGAUCAGGGACCAGGUCGUCUGCAUUGAAGACUCGUUUGUGAAUAGCCAGGAGUGGACUUUGAGUCGAGGAGUGUCAGCGCUGAGACUCGGCAUUGUAGGCCACUUGGCCUCUGGCAAGUCGGCUCUAGUGCACAGAUAUCUGACUGGCUCAUACCUGCAGGACGAGAGCCCCGAGGGAGGCAGGUUCAAAAAGGAGGCUGUCGUCGAUGGUCAGAGCUAUUUGCUGCUCAUCAGGGACGAAGGAGGUUCCCCUGAAUUGCAGUUUUCUGCCUGGGUGGAUGCUGUGAUUUUUGUGUUCAGCCUGGAGAAUGAGGCAAGUUUCAACGCAGUUUAUAACUAUUAUACCAAAAUGACGCACUACCGAAAUGCAAUCGAAGUUCCUCUCAUCCUAGUGGGUACGCAAGAUGCCAUUAGCGAAAGCAAUCCUCGUGUAAUUGAUGAUGCCAGAGCAAGGAAACUGGCUGCAGAUCUCAAAAGAUGUUCAUACUACGAGACUUGUGCCACCUACGGACUCAACGUUGAACGAGUUUUUCAGGAUGCGUGCCAGAAAAUCGUUCAGCAAAGAUAUCUGAACACUCUGGGCAAUCAAGUGCCCACCACCCCGACCGGCUCAAGGCCGGCCACCCCUAUCAACCACUUGAUGAACCCUCGGCCAUUCGGUUCGUCACCACCCAUGCUCAACAAUAACAAUGGCUUUGGAGGCGUCACCAGUUCCCCCAGCCAUAACAUAAUGUCCACAGUGGACAAAUGGAUGGCUAGUGUUCCGGUCGAGCCUCCCAAGUUCAUCGCACCACCGCCACCUUCAACCAUGGACCCACCUAGGGACCAGCCAACCCCAAGCUCAACCCCAACAGCCACCAGGAAAAAUCGACGACGGUCAAAUUUGUUCACUCAAGCCAGGAGCAGCAACAAAGUGGCGGACGAGAAGUCCUUAGGAAAGGGCACUGAGGAGUAUGGCAGUGGCAGGGCAAUUCCCAUCAAGCAGGGCUAUCUGUACAAGAAGAGCUCCAAACCACUUAACAAGGAAUGGAAGAAAAAAUAUGUUACACUUUGCGAUGACGGCAGACUCACCUAUCACCCAAGCUUACAUGAUUACAUGGAGAACGUUCACGGCAAAGAAGUGCCAUUGCAGUGUGUAACUGUCAAACUACCAGGCCAAAAGCCCAAGGGGUCAAAGACAAUUUUGCCAAAUUCCUCUUCCACUUCUGCAGCUUCGUCAUUAGCCGAAGGACUAGGAAGCCUUGGUCUGGGAGCCUUCACGAAAGACAAGGGCAAAAAUGACAAAGUAACACUGACUUCGUAUGAGUACCUGAAAGAUCCUGGAUCACGGCUGAGCAAUCAAAGUGAUGAUUCACUUGUGAUUGGCAACACCUCUAUCAGUAUAAUGAAUGGGUCAUCCGCAGCACACGCUGUAGAUAUGAAGUCGGAAACUCCAAAUGUGAAGAAAAGGCAUCGUCGCAUUAAGAGUAGUGGAUUAAAAAAUAAUGACAAUGAUGAUUCAGAUGGUGUGGACUUUGUUAUCCUUUCUCUGCACAACAAGCAGUGGCACUUUGAAGCCAGUUCUGUGGAGGAGCGAGAUGAGUGGGUUGCUGCAAUUGAACAGCAGAUUCUGAGCUCACUACAGGGAAAUGAGAGCAGCAAAGCUAAAUCUCGACUCAAUAGUCUUGUUGAUCCAGCUGCAAUCCAGGCACUCAAAACUAAAGUACAAGGAAACUCGCAUUGUGUUGACUGUGACGCUCCAAAUCCCGACUGGGCUAGUUUAAACUUGGGCGCACUAAUGUGCAUUGAAUGCUCAGGCAUUCACAGGAAUUUGGGCUCGCACAUCUCCAAAGUACGAUCUCUAGACUUGGACGAGUGGCCGCCUGGUCAUUUAAGUGUAAUGAGAGCGCUGGGCAAUCACCUGGUCAACAGUGUUUGGGAAGCCAACACUCGUGGAAGACAAAAGCCGGGGCCUUCAUCGUCGAGAGAGGAGAAGGAAAGGUGGAUAAGAGCCAAGUACGAGGGCAAAGAAUUCAUGCAUCCAACAAUAGCCAGCACUCCUCUUCUCGUCGACGCCCUUUGCAGGCAGGACAUGCGUGCCGUUAUAUUGAUACUGGCGAACUCCACUCCCGAAAUUGUCAACGGCACCGUAGCUCCGAGAGACAUGAGGACGCCGCUGCACCUCGCUUGUGCAAUGGGCCAUCUGGCUCUAGUUCAAUUGAUGUUGUGGAACGGUGCAGAUGUCAGACGGUUAGACCAAGAUGGAAGGAGUGCAUUGACAUAUGCGCAUUCACUUAUAAACACGGGCGGUCACGAUAGUGGUGCCAAUAUUGUGGAAAUCUUAGUUCAGGCUGGUUGCCCAGACCCGCCAGUAGGCACCUUGGCUCGCAGGAGGGACACUAUCAAUAGAAGAGAGACAAUUAGUUCAGAUAUUGUGUAAUUAUUUUAUUAUUCAGGCUCACCGGGAAUUUUUUUACUGUGAUAUUACAAAAAAUUAUUAUACUUUCUUCAAAUUCAUAAUUAGUGAUUUGGACUGUUAUCAAAGUUUUUUUUCUCAAGUAGAUAUUCAAAAUUUACUUUGAAUUAUUACGGAAGGCUUUCAUCUUUGUAGACGUUAUUGAAACUUUUAUCUGAUAUUUGGUUGCAUUUGUUAAAUGUGCCAUUCAGCCAUUCUCAGUUUAAUAAGCUUUAUGAAUUUUCUAAAAGCUAGCCAGUUGAGUUCAAAUGAUUGUUGUUAUUUCCGCUUUGUUUAAUAUCUACUCGCCUGGCAUGGUAGGUGUUAUGUGCAGCAAUUUAUGAAGCUCAAAACAAUGCAAGCAAAAUUAAGUAGAUAUUAAGAAAAUUCUAGUCAAACUUGUUAAUGAACAGUACAUUACUUAAAACAUAUUUUGCAACCAAGGUCAAUAACAUUCCAAUCAGAGUAACUUAUAAUAACUAUGCUGAACAGUGGCCCCUGACAUUUUUACAAUAGCAUAAAACUGUCAUGAAUGUGACUAAAAAUCUUUUGAAGCUGAAAGUAUUAUUAUAUUCAUGAAAUCCUGCAUAACUGCUUGCGAAAUUGAUUUAAAAUGAAUUUGCUGGAUCAAAUAAAUAACUUCACUUCUGCUUACAUGGCUUACAUGCUGAUGCACUAUAUCUCACCUGACAGUAUUUUAAACAAUUGUUGCUGAAUGUAACGAGGAUUUAGCUAAAGCUACUAAUACCUAAUUUGAGCCUUAAAAUUAAAUUUGCCAAGCUUACCAAAGACUGGCCUGAAUCCACAUGGGCAUUGACUGUCAAAGUUAAAUUUUAUGAGUGAAUGUCUACUACAAUUGAUAAUGUUACCUCGAUAUUAAUUACUAGGCAAAAGGGGCUCAGGAAAAUUUCAAUAAGUGUCACAAUUAAAUAUUUAUGGAUGGUUAAUGGCAGGAAAACAAGGUUGUAGGUGGUAGAGACACGUCAGAAACAAUGAGCAUCACAAAGUCUUGGAUAAUUACUCAAAUAUUGUUUGCGGUAUAUUGAAAUAAUAUUGAAUUGGAGUUUAGAAAUUUUUGUGAUUAAACCACGCCCUUUCACAAUAAAAGUAGCUUGUUACAAAAGAGGACAAUUUGUAGAUAUCCAUUAGUAAUUAUUAUGCCUGAGAAUGAACAUUCUUGUGUAAAUAUAUUAGUUUAAGACUAUUUAUUAUAAUAAUAUCUGAUAUGUUUUUUUUCCACGCAUGUAAGUGUAAAUAGAAAAAUUUAUCGUAACGGCUAAAGAGUUAAACAUUUUGUCGUUUCCUUAAGCAUGCAUCACAAAGUCAAUUAUAUUAGUAGGAUGAAUUGUUUUGCUCAUUUAGUUCCAAUUAAUUUCAGCCAUUCAAUUUUUUAUCAGUCUGCUGUGUUUUUUUUUUAAUAUUACUAAUUCCUAUCAUCCAUAUCAAUAAACAACAAUUAAAUGAUACAGUGUGAACACAGAAAAUGUAAGUUGCAGACAGACAAACACAUAAUAUAUAUAUUUCAAGGAGAACAAUUAAAAAUUAAUCAGUUCUCUGUUUAGACGAAACUCACAUACUAUUUAGGAGUCAAUAUUGUACUUUUAUACAGGCAACGCUCAUAACUGAAUAUAGCAAAAUUGUAUGCAGGAGAUUCUUGUAAUAUUUAAAGAAAACUGUUGACACAUAUGCAGGCACAAUAAUGAUAAUAAAAAUCGAUGGCUACAUAAAAUAUUGAAAUCGUGUAAUGAAAAAAUAAAUGCAUUUUAUCUUUCAUCCUUACUGCAAAA